UUGGUCUAGCAUCUCUGAGCAAUGGACUGACUGGGUGACAGGGACCAUAAAAUGCGUUGAAAAGUAUCUCAUCCUUACCUCUUUAUUUGCGAUGCUUUCCUUAUAGCUAUGGAAAUUCGGAUUGUUAAAGGGUGGACUGUCUCGUUAUUCUCGUUGGAGACCCGGACUGUUUGUCAAUGAGAUAUGUGGAGUCGCUCUAUCCAUCGGUGUUAACGCAGAAAAUACAAGAUGAAGAAGCAAUUCAAUCGAAUGCGACAGCUCGCCAACCAAACAGUGGGCAGAGCUGAAAAAACAGAAGUAUUAAGCGAAGACCUGCUACAGGUGGAGAAGCGGCUGGAGCUGGUCAAACAGGUGUCCCACAGCACCCACAAGAAGCUGACCGCCUGUCUGCAGGGCCAACAGGGGGUGGAUGUGGAGAAAAGGUCUGUCAGAUCGCCCUCGAAAAAGCUGCCCCUUACAACGCUAGCACAAUGUCUGGUGGAGGGAGCUGCAGUGUUGGGUGACGACUCACUAUUGGGGAAGAUGCUGAAACUGUGUGGCGAGACACAGGAGAAGAUGGCUCAGGAGCUCAUCCUGUUUGAGUUCACCAUUGAGAGAGACGUGGUGGAACCCCUGUACGAACUAGCAGAGGUGGAAAUCCCCAACAUCCAGAAACAAAGGAAACAUUUAGCAAAACUGGUUCUGGACAUGGAUUCGGCACGCACAAGGUUCCACCAGUCCACCAAAUCGGGUAUGUCCAGCAACGUGCAGCCAGGGGCCAAGGGCGAGCACCUCAGGGAAGAGAUGGAAGAGGCAGCCAAUCGAAUGGAGAUCUGUCGAGAUCAAUUAUCAGCGGACAUGUACAAUUUUGUGGCCAAAGAAAUUGACUAUGCAAGCUACUUUCAGGCAUUGAUAGAGGUGCAGGCACAGUACCACAGGAAGUCGUUAGAGCUUCUCCAGAAUAUUCUGCCUCAGAUUAAAGCCCACCAGGAGACCUGGGUGGAGAAGCCAUGCUAUGGGAAACCCUUAGAGGAGCACCUAGCCCUCAGCGGGCGGGACAUUGCCUUUCCUAUCGAAGCCUGUGUCACCAUGCUGCUGGAGUGUGGCAUGCAGGAAGAGGGCCUGUUCAGAGUAGCGCCCUCUGCGUCCAAACUGAAGAAGCUCAAGGCGUCUCUAGACUGUGGGGUGAUGGACGUACAGGAGUACUCUGUAGACCCUCACGCCAUCGCAGGUGCUUUGAAAUCCUACCUUCGGGAACUCCCUGAGCCACUGAUGACCUUUGAACUUUACGACGAAUGGAUUCAAGCUUCCAACAUUCAAGACCAAGACAAGAGACUCCAAGCCCUCCUCACAGCCUGCGAGAAACUACCCUUGGCCAACGGCAACAACUUCAAGUAUUUAAUAAAAUUCCUCGCCAAGUUGGACGACUACCAGGACGAAAAUAAAAUGACCCCUGGGAAUAUAGCAAUAGUCUUGGGCCCCAACCUGCUGUGGACAACGCAGGAAGGAAACAUUACAGAGAUGAUGACCACUGUGUCCCUGCAGAUCGUAGGCAUCAUUGAGCCCAUCAUCCAGCACGCUGACUGGUUCUUCCCUGGAGAGAUUGAGUUUAAUGUCACAGGAAACUACGGCAGCCCAGUCCACACCAACCACAAUGCCAACUACAGCUCCAUGCCCUCUCCGGAUAUGGACCAUUCAGAUCGCAAGCACAGUGAUCAGAGCCGACGUCCACUCAGUGUGGCCACCGAUAAUAUGAUGCUGGAGUUCUAUAAGAAGGAUGGCAGCGUUAGGAAAAUUCAAAGCAUGGGGGUCAGGGUGAUGGACACUUCUUGGGUGUCGCGCAGGGGCUCGUCGUCAGCGCGUAAAAGCUCCUCCACGCCCCUGGGUGUGCAGCCCCCCCUCCCUCCCUCAGAUGCUCUCAUACCUGAGCAGGGGGAGGUCUCUGCGUCCCCCUCCCCAACCCCUCCUCCCGCUAGCAGUGACCGUGCCAGCUCCGAUGACGCGUCGGACUCCUGUUAUGCCUACCCCUCCCCGGAAGAGGAGAGGCCCCCUCCCCCUUACCCCUCUUCCUCCUCCUCCUCUUUCUCCUCUUGCUACCCGCCACCUCACCAUUUCUACCCCCGAGCACCGCAGUGCGCGCGUCCUGUCGCCCCUGGUCCCGAGUCCGUGCCCCCUGGACCGUCCCCCCCACCUCCCCCCCGCUGGUCUGGCUACAGCCCUCCCCCACUGCCCCCGUCUUCGUGCCCCUCUCCCUCUCCCUCCCCACAGCAGCUUGAUAUCAACUCUAACCCCAAACCUUGCACCCUGCACCUGCCCAAACAGAGCUCCCUGGCCGAAGCGCCGCAUGCGUCCCCACCGUCAGAAACUAACGUCUACCCUCUCUACCUCAAAACCCCCCUCGUGCUAACCCGACACGACCCGUCCCUCGGUCCCCACCCCCCUAACCUCCCCCUGUCCGCACCUCCUCCGUGGGCUGCCUGUGGCUGUAGCCGAGAGAGAGGAGCCAAGCUGACUAGUACUCUGAAGAACAAGGAGCUGUCUCCAGUGAUUGGACAGCAGGGCUUCCAGGGAACAGCACCCUCUGGUGGGCUGUCACAGCACUCUUCUGAACAUAGCCCUCACACCCUGAGUAGAGCUAAGAAGCUGGCCCCAAUCCCACCUAAACCCUACUCUCAGUCUGGGGGAAUGUCGGACCAGUCUACAGGUCAGCCAUCUCCAGUCAGUCUGUCCCCCACCCCUCCUAGUACCCCCUCCCCAUACGGCUUCAGCUACCCCCAGGGCUACGCCACCAUCGGCUCCCCGGGACAGGCCCAGGCCGCCACCCCGUCCCUCUCCUCCCCUCCCUCGCUAGCCGGCACCCUCACCAAGGCUAGGCCCACUCCCAAGCCUCCCCGGCAGAGGCCCAGCCUACCCCCGCCGCAGCCCCCCAGCACCCCUGGCUCCAGCCCCCAACCUCUGGAGCACGGUGGCGGCCUUCUGGAUGGAUUGUCUCCUGGAGAGAGCAUGUCCACAGACUCUUUCUGCAACCUGGAUAUCCCCAUCAUCAACGUAGAACUGGAUGGCAUCUUCGACGAGCCCAAAAUGGUCCCCUACAGGAACUCAGUGGCAGUAGUCCAGCCAACCCCUAAGGCCGAGUCAGAGGAAGAGUCUGAGAGCACGAUACUAUGACAUCACGAGUUUCCACCCCCAGCCCUACUAUUCCAACCUGUCUCCAGGACCCGUUCUCUGACUUUUGACCCAAUGGGACUUACUCCAGACCUCACCUCCACCCAUAGAGACCAAGCACCAGGCUCAGCCCUGUAAAUCAAAGUCCUUCUACAAAAAAUGUAACAGAUAUUAAUACAGAAAAUACCUAUAUCCAUAUCCAGAGGGUUUCUGACUGAGACAAUGGGGGGAGAAACUUUUGAUACAGAGAAAGGGACACAAUGCUAGGUUUUUAUGUUGACUAGAUUCCUUUGAUUCUAUCUGUGGUGCAUUCAUUUUUAAGGAUUUAUUUUAACCAAUUUGGUUUAUUUGUAUUUUAUUUUUGCUUUAUUUGAGUCAUUUGCAAUAUUGCCUUUAACUUACAAGACAUGAAAACAAGUUGCUUGGUGGAAUGGGUUCUCCUCUUGUGAGUGCAGUAGGAAUGGAAGGGGACAGUAUAUCUCUGAUUUCCUCUCCGUCACCAAGGCUAUAGCAUUCCUUUUGACGCCAUCCUAAACCCAUUCUUGUACUCUGAGGUCACUGGAAUUCUGGCAACCCCUUGUUCCGUCCUGGCUGAAUGUGUGUGUGUGUUUGUGAAUUGUGUGAUGUGUUUGGAAAUGUGCUGCAUCAUUGAGUGGGAGUUCUGCCAUAGUCUGUGAGUGAAAAUAUAAUGAAACUGCAACACCAGUUUGAGCUUGAAUUCACAAUCACACUCUUCAAAGGGGGGUUUACGAUUGCAUUUGGCUGUUAGAGGGGAAGUUAAAUCAGAAUAAUAUAUUAUUGACUAUUUAAAAUGACGGUUUAUACUGUACAUUUCAGAGUAUAUGAUAUUAACAGAGAUACAGGAGUUAUUACAUGAGUCAUAUAAUAAUUCAACCAUAGGUAUACAGAUAUUCUACUGUAUAUAGAACUAUAAAUACGGUAUACAGAUAUUCUAUAGUCUAGCAUGUACUUGAUUGUACAUUAUCAUAGGAGAGGCUUGGAGCUCAGUGGGAGAACUGUCUAUGUUGUAGAGGGAAUGGGGCAUAGAAACCAAAUAAACAGAAUAAUUCUAAAAGGAAUGGAUUGCUGAAUAGUGAGUAUGAGUGGACUUUGCAGGGUGGGACUCAGAUGUAGGAUCUUAAUUUGAUCACCCUGUUGCAGGAGAACUUUCCUGCAAUGCAGGAUUUUUAAAAACUUGAAGUGUAUUUGAGGCAUAAAAAGGCUUCUGAAGUUUGUAAUUUCCACUUUGAAAUUUCAGACUUGAUUUUCCCUUACGAAAAAUGUAUC